GAAGGACCGGAACGUCGAGAAGACGCACCCUGAUGACGUCCUGAUAAUGCCCACUUAGAUAUGGACUGAACUGGAACAAAGUUUCUUGUUCGAACUGUUGCAGGCCGUCCCGCUGGAAGCGGCAAGUCUCCCCGAGAGCGGGCCGGCGAAAAACCGGGCCGGUAAUUCCGGUCCGAUUUGAAGUGGGGCGCUCCCCUUAUUUGCCGGCUGUGGUUUAUAUAGUACGUCUUUCCAGGAUGCGAUUACACCUCCCUACUGGUUCCCGCUUCAAUGGCUGCAAACGGUUCCAAUGGCAUCUACAUCAGUGCUACUCGACCUCUGACCCCGGGGAUUUACGCUCCCGUUCCUACCUUUUUUCUUCCUGAUUCCGAGGAUCUUGAUAUACCCUCCCUUGAGGCACAUGUCGUUCGGGUCGCUACUGCCGGAGUUGGCCCUCUCAUUGCUGGUUCCAUGGGUGAAGCCAUUCAUCUAUCCCAUGCUGAGCGCGUCAGAAUCGUUAAGGCCGCUCGUAGUGCUUUGGAUGCUGCAGGCUUCACUCAGGUCCCGAUAAUCGUUGGAGCAGGCGCUGGAAGCACGAGGGAGACUGUUGAACUCACGAACGAAGCUGCUGCUGCCGGCGCGGAUUACUCAAUCGUUAUCGCAAGCGGUUACUUUGCUGGAGCUUAUGGAAAUAACAAGAAGGCUUUGAAGGCUUUCUGGACGGAAGUCGCUGCAAAGAGUCCUAUUCCGGUGAUGAUAUACAAUUAUCCUGGUGCUAGUGGCGGAAUUGAUGUCGAUUCAGACUUGAUAACAGAACUCGCAGAAGAGUCUCCCAACCUCUGUGGAGUCAAAUUGACCUGCGGAAACGUUGGCAAACUGACUAGAAUUGCUGCAUCUGUGUCAGGGCCAGAGUUCUCAUUGAACCAUCCUCGCAAGAAUGCUGCGGCACCUUUCCUUGUGUUGGGAGGAUUUACCGACUUCCUUGUCCCUUCCUUUUACGCCGACGGACACGGCGCCAUUACUGGCCUAGCAAACGUUGCUCCGCACGCCAUAGCGAAGCUCUGGUCGGUAACAGUAGCGUCUAAGCAGGAUUCGUCGCUACUUCCUGAAGCGCUGCGAUUGCAAGGAAUCAUUGCUCGGGCUGACUUCACCAUCGCGAAGGCUUCAAUCGCUGGUACAAAGUUCUUGAUUGAGAAACUUUAUGGAUAUGGUGGAGUGCCUCGCAAGCCUCUUCCUCCCAUGGAAGCCGGCGCUGCACAAGCAUUGUGGGACCACCCUCAUACCCAAGACAUCGUGAGGCUGGAACGCGAGAUUAGUGGUAAAGCCAAGGCGUAGUUAUGAGGCUGAUUUUCUGCAUCCCUUACAUUUUACGGGAACAGUGAGCUGACGGAUUUGACGACUAUUACGUGGCACCAUCUAUCUACGUAGAGACGUCGACGGUA